UUUAAGGGGUUGGAGUGGAAGUGAGUUGGGUGGAUUCCUGAGGAGGAGGAGAGCGUGUUGGCGCCAUGGAAGUGGAAAAGAUCAGCCAUAUGAACAGCAAAAGGAGUUGCUUCACUCAGACCUCCUUUAUGGGUGAAGAUUUAGGUGAUGAAUCCCAGCUGCAGUAUCUGAGUGCUCACGAGGAGUAUGAGGAGGAUAAGGAUAACUCAGAUGAGUUUUCUGAGCAGAGGCAGACUGGAGAGGUGAAGGACAUGCUGCUGAUUGGUGACAAGGUGCCACCUCAAAUCACUGCAGGGGAAGAAGAGUCUGGAAAGAGCGACAGACACACCCACAGCGUGGCAGUGGAGCCAGACACUCCWUUCCUGUCACCCAAGGAAAGGGCUCCACUUUGCAAACGUGUGGAGUCCUCCAGUUUCAGCAGCUGUGAAAAACCUCCGCUGUGCACACGUGGUAGUGACAGCACUGCAGAAGGUGCUGAAACCCAAUUCCCAGUCUCUGAAACGCUCCCUAGCAAGAAUCCUGGUGCUGGCGUGGAAGCUGYGGAUAAAUCCACUGGUGGAAGCCCCAGCGCAGUGAAGUUGGAGCGUGGUGAAGCCCUGAAGAGUGCUCCCAGUGCCUGUGCAACUGUGCAUCCUACGGAUGCCAGCUCUGAUCUCAGAGUUUGCUUCCCAGCGAGCAGAUGCAGCAGUGCCCAGGUUUGCUUCUGCUCCAGGGCAAUUAAUACAGAAAUAACGAUGAUGAACAAAACUCGACCCAUGGGAUGGCUGGGUCAAAGCUUCACGGAUGCUGCUUCCAACACAGAAUGGUCAUUCAGAGCCCGGAACUUACGCUUUCAGAAGCAGGAAUUAAAAGAUCAUCUGUGUUGCUGUGAUUGGAAGACAGGCACCAACAGGUCAGAACGUCCCAACAAGCAAACUGGGAAGAAUUCUGCAUCAAGCUGCUGUCAAAACAUCCUGCAGAGAGCAACUGAAGCGGAACUGCAGCUCCUGACCAUCCAUUACGAGAUGUGCUACCAGCACUGCUUGAAGGUUUAUGAGCUGGCUUUGGAGGAAAACACCUGUUUUGGGAGAUGUGAGGAAAAGAGUGAGUUGUAUUCAUCUCUCCUGUUGGUUUUGGACGAGCUAGACAAUAAUUACAGCAAUAUGAUAAUGGGAAUAAACAUGGGCGUACCUUUAAAUGAACUUCCACCACUGUCAGUUGAGCUGAAGUUUUCCACAGUCUCUUCCUUUUACACCCCUUCCAAGUUUCUCAGAAAGAAUCUUUACUCUGAUGAUCUUUCAGGUGAAGGGAAAGCUGACUUUGAAGAACCAAAAGUGCAAGAUAAGGGGAUUUCUGUCAAUAUGAACAAGUCACAGACUGAUGGUGAUCUGCGAAAUGACUCUGCUUYCCCUGAGACAUGGGAAGAACAACCUAAAGAUCAGGCUCUGGAACGUGGCUGUGCGAAAAGUGAGGAAGGGAGUGAGUAUUGGUUUGAUGCUAAGGAAGACUUGUCAAUGGCAGAUUUUUCAGUAAUGUGCAAAGAAACAAAAAAGCAACAAGAAAAACAAGACAAGAUUGAUUCAAGAGAAGUGAGGACAGUGGAGAUCAGGAAGAAAGAUCCUUCUGUUCAUKCUGGUGGCCCAAAACCCUCAGUACCUCCGGAUCCUGGAGAAAAGUCUUUGCAGAAAACACCCACUCCUUCCAUAAAUUCAACUGGUGUCUUUGUUUCUCCUUAUGCACUGAACUUGAGCAGCUUUACCAAGUUAAUAAAGAGACUUCAAGAAAGGCAUCCAGAGUUUAGCAGAGAUGAAAUUGUGAAYGCUGUGCAGGAGGUGAGGAAAAUCAACAAAGGUGUCCUGAGUGGCUUGGCCAUCAGUUCUAUUGAGGAAAAGGCUUCUGCCAUUCUGAGAAAAUCAAUGCGCUGUUCUAGGCAGGAAAAGCAGAAGGACUUGCCUGUGCUGUCCUUCGCAACUGUUCGUUCCCUUUGCCGCGGCUCUGGGCUGCGGGGACGAGACGGCGAUAACGAGAGCCUGCCUGGGCUUCAUCCCGGCGGUUCCCCCUGCUCUGCGGGGUGGGAGCGGCGCUGGAGCCGGGCGGAGCCGCGCCCGCCCCGGGYCCGCCCCUCCCGCAGCGCCGCGGGCGCGGAGCCCGCCCGGCCCCGGGAGCGGAGCCGCUCCUGCCGCGGGGCCAUGGCCCUGCUCCCGCGGCGCUUCCUCUGCUUCGUCCUGGCCCAGCACCUGAUCGCAGCCACGGCGUGCCAGGAGGCCGACUAUGGCUGGAUGAUCCGGCACUACUGCCUCAAACARUUCCAGCUCAGCAUGGAGGGCAUCGGCCAGCGCCUCUGGUGCGACUGGGACGAGACUGUGGGCACUUACGGGGAGCUGACGAACUGCACGGCGCUGAUCGCCGAGAGGCUCGACUGCUACUGGCCCAACCGGCUGGUGGACGAGUUCUUCGUGGCCGUGCACAAACAGUACUUCAGGAACUGCUCCCCGUCGGGCCGGGCGCUGCACGACCCCCCGAACGGAGUGCUGUGUCCCUUCAUCGUGCUGCCCGUCCUCGUCACCCUGCUGAUGACCGCGCUCGUGGUGUGGAGGAGCAAACGCAGCGAGGGCAUCGUGUAGGGACAGUGCGGCCGGCAAAGGGGGGACGGGGGGAUUCUCCUCUCGAACGUGCCUGGUGUUGGGGAAGAACCACGRAGACAGGGACAGCAUCACCACCGCACCGUUUCCAAAUUAAUGUAAUUUAAGCGAUGGGGACUCCUCCGCCGCUUCCCUCCYGGCACCCCUGGCAUCAUGUGCCAAGCAGGAAAAUUUUAAAGAAAAAAUCCCAAGGGGAUGUAGGGAGUUGAAAUCCUGCCAGCCCGGCAUCAACACGCGUCAGACCAGCGUGUCGGGGUGAGGUAAAACAUCCUCAGCUUCCUCUUCCUGUCGUUUUAUGGUUUUCCCCCACACCUGGAAAGGCAUCUUCUCCCCCAGCCCCCGGYACGAGGACAAGGCUUGCACGGGCUGGGUUUGGCCGGGGAGUGGCGAACAGCGGGUCAGAGUGGGAGGUGGGAGUGGAGGGCACUGGUGGUGCCUUGGGGCUGACAAGGAACGGGARUAAGGUGCUUUUCCUAAAUAAAGAAAGAAUAAACCAGGUGCCUGUCUGUGUGAAGGCUGAGGUGAAGCUCCCCCUCCCUGCCCUCACUUUGUGAUGCCAGAGCCCCCCAGUAGUGCUGUUUCCCCCCUGGGUGAGGCUAUGGGAUCCCUAGGGRAGGUCCCUGGGUGUGGGUGGGUUGGUCAGGGGGCCAGGAGUGGGGUCAGCUCCACUGCAGGGAGACUGGGAAAUACCUGGGAUGGGGAUCCCCAACCUUACACUACUCUCUGCCAUCCCUGACAGCUCUGGCCCACUCCAAACCCCUUCAGUGCCUUGCUGGCUCAGGAAGGGGAUCCCUGGGGAUGCCCAGCUUCUGUUUAUUCCUGAAUCACAUUUCCCAAAAAAACCCCAAAACGUAGGGGGACACCCAGCCCCCUGCCUGACCCACYGUGCCCAGGUUCCUUCUAAUCCAAACCAGUCUGUAAUUCUGGCAGGAGCAUGGAUUAGUUACAUCUAUACAACUAUAUACAUGGAAAUACAUAUAAAUAAAUAUACAUAUCUGUUUAUA